UCACAGUGCCGCUCUCGUGCAGAGCUCACGCGUUCCGGCUGAAAGGAGUUUAUGGAUGAUAAAGUCGAGGUCUGUCAACAGGACACAGGUCUGUAUACGCUGCAGAACGGACGGUUUAUUUGAUUUCAAUUAGAAAUCAUCGUUGAAUGAAAGUUAUGGGGGCACGAAAAGUUUUGGUGACAGGAUGCUCCUCUGGAAUUGGUUUGGCGGUGGCUGUCCGUCUUGCAAAAGAUGAAUUAAGGCGCUUCAAAGUUGUGGCCACUAUGAGGGACCUGGAUAGGAGAGAAGCUCUGGAGAAAGCAGCUGGAGAAACCCUCAACAGAUCCCUGGAGAUCCGACAGCUGGAUGCCACCUGUGAGGACUCCAUCAGAGAGUGUGUCAACAGCUUGUCAGAUCGACGAGUGGAUGUGUUAGUGAAUAAUGCCGGUGUGGGUAUGAUUGGUCCUUUGGAGUGUCAGAGUGUAAGUGAUAUGCAGGAACUCUUCAACACUAACUUCUUUGGCCUGGUGAGACUGGUGAAGGAACUGCUGCCUGACAUGAAGCAGCGUCAGAGUGGACACAUCGUAGUGAUGAGCAGUGUCCUGGGCAUCCAGGGACUACUUUUCAAUGAUGUAUAUGCUGCCUCUAAAUUUGCUGUUGAGGGGUUUUGUGAGAGUCUUGCUGUGCAAGCUAUGAAGUUUAAUGUCAAGAUGACGUUAGUGGAGCCAGGCCCAGUUGUAACUGAGUUUGAGAAGAAAGUGUAUGAAGAGGCAGAGAAGAUGGAUCUGUCAGAGACUGAUGAGGAAACAGCUCGCAUCUUCCGUCAGAUCUACCUGCCAUAUUCACGUAAAGUUUUUAACUCAGUCGGGCAGACACCUGAGGACGUGGCAGAGCAAACUCUCCAGCUGAUUGUGUCCAAGAACCCUCCAUUUCGUCAUCAGACCAAUCGUUUGUACAUGCCAUUGACUGCCAUGAAGCAUGCUGACCCUACAGGGCAACUACCCAUAGAUGCGUUCUAUAAAAUGAUCUUCCAGCAUGACCGUAUGCUCAAUGCUACUCUGAGUAUUCUACGCAUACUUCACAGGAGAAUGGGUCAUGGUGCUGCCUAAAAAGCCCUCAGAGGAUUUUGAUGGAGAAAACCAAUUCAAAAACAUCUCAGAGACCGUUUCAUGGCCCAAAAAUGGGUCAGUGCUCAAUGCAAAUAAUAAAAUGCAACAAACCACUAUUAGUAUAGCAACAGUUUUGCUACGGUGGUCGGCACUUGAUGUCCAAUGUAAAGUCUGGAUCCUGAAGCACUGCUCUGAUUUUAACCUCAAGACAGUUACCAUGAUCAAAUACAUAAUGUUUAGUUGCAAAUUGCAGUGUGUAACAGCUCUAGUGUCCUUUUCAUGGUGUAAUGGUUUUUAACAGUCAAUAACUGCAGACCGGAGAUCUCCAAAAUGGGGCGUAAACUCC